AAGCUGAUGGAGCCAGAUGAGAAAGGCAGGAGGCGAGCCCCUCCGGUUGCGCGUCAGCAUCCCCUCAAAUAGGAAUCCGCUGCUGUCACUCCUGCUCCACAUACUGAGAGACGGACGACUGUAACCCUGAAACAACAGUCUAAAGCAAAUUUCACUUGGCAUGCAGCUGUUUUUGCAUGUGAUGCCAAAGAAGAUGAGUAAGAGGAGGCUGUGAGGAGGCUGGAGCCUUGCAAAGAAUGAUAGUGAGGAUCAACGCGCGCUGUCCCAGGAGAACUCAUCUGAAGAGCUGGCCGCGAGAGACCGGGAUGCUCCUCUAAACCACCGGGAGGCGAUUUCAGACCACAGGCGCAAGACUGCACAAGUUGCUUAAAAACCCUCUGGUGCAGAAAGGUUGAACCCAACGGUAGCUGAGUUUCAGUUUUGCUGGUUUUCCUGAGCAGACGGAGUUUGAGCUCGAGUGGCAGUGAGUGAGUAAGCAAGAGGGAGUAGGUGUCAUGGAUGAUGAAAACACAAAUGCCGUGGACCCGACCUACCAAAACUUGCUGCUCCUGGGAGCCAUCGCAGCGGCAUCCGCUUUUGUGGUCACCAUCCUUAUUGUUCUUGUCUGUGUUGGUUGUCAAAGAAAAAGCAAGAGCAAGCACCCCCCAGCCGGAGAGAAAGGGACAUCUGUAAAUAUGCAGGGUACCCUUCGACACCCAAAACUGAACUCCAUGAGCAAAUCUGACACCAGGCUGCAUGAGAUCAAUCGCUUUCCCUGCAAUGGAAACUCUGUUAGCAAGAGCCGUCCAGCCAGUAUGGACCUCCUGCUCCUCCACAGCCGGCGCUCUCAGACGGACCUGAGGCCCUCCCAUGGGCGCCAGCUUCCACAGAUCCCCACCAGUCCCCAGGGAUCUGGCCAGGGGGGAGGAGUGGAGACAGGAGGGGAUGGGGUAGGAGGAGCAGGAGGAGGGGGGGGAGGAGGAGGAGGAGGAGGAGGAGGAGGAGGGGGGGAGGCUAGAGACCACACCUACACCGAGGUGGGCAUACGGAACAAUCCCACCCCCACCCAUUGCCUGGAUGACGGCCUUUAUGAAAGCGUAGGUGUCCGGGAAGGUGACGCGGGCCCCAAGGUCCCCUCGGCCCCGCCACCAACAUCAAACAACACUCCAGCUACAGUCAGAGCUGCACAAAGUCCCCCAGUUCCAGCCAACGGAGCUCGCAAUGGGAAUGGGCAUGUGAAUGGUGGCAGAGGGAACGGCAGAGGGAAUGGCGCCAUUAACGGACCGAUGACAGGGAGAGGUAAUGGUGCGAGUGGGGUCAAUAGGUCACCUCUGUCUUCUGUCAACUCCUUGGCCAUUCAAGAUCCAACUGCAGCUGAGUACGCUUCCAUACGGAAGUUCAGAAAGGUCGACAAGACAAACAGGAAGGAAAAUAAUGGGGGCGACAGCCAGUCAGACAGUCAAUCGAGCGUGAGUGAUUCACCCUCUACAGCUCCUCCUCCACUACAUCGCAGUCAGGAGUUUCUGCGCAAAGGACUGGAGCCGUUUCACCUGCACUCCUUCCCAAAGGAGGCAGUGUUCAUGGGUAACGGGGAGCAGUACAUCUGGAAGCCUCCAGAGGAAGAUGACAUCAUCACCUUGCACCCACCUCCACUCCGUGCAGAGAGCGUACAGGGGCACCCAUCGCCCCCAACUGCAAAGGAGAUUGCAGACACCUACUCUAUUGUGUGUAAAACCCAGAAGAAGAAACCUCCCAUGGAAAACAACGGAUCAAAGACCCUCCCACGUUCCUUUGGUGGAGGUUCCCGGGGCAGAGGUCGAGGAGUUCAGGGCCAGGCACGUUCCCAGGAGGAGCCCGGCUAUGAGCCGGUAGGAGACAGGUCCUGGCCCACAUGUGCAAUGACCGAGUCUGACCCUGCGUACGCUACUAUCGACACCCACCGGAAACGGGAGCAGGCGGCAACCAAUAACAGCACAGCUGGGGGUUCUGCCACUCUGAAGAGAAAGAAGCAGAUGCCGCAGCAGCAGGCAGCACCAGCGGCACCUCAGAGCUCAGGACCCACCGCCCUGCCUACUAGAGGACUGCCUGGUGGGGAAAACUUCUAUGAGACCAUCAGCGAUGUGAAACAAGGGGGCAACAGCUCCAGCACCACUACCAUCUUCACCUUCAAUGAUGGGAUGGAGAUGUACGUCACCGGCCUGUAGCUGGCUGACAGGCAGAAAGGGCCCAGAACCCACUGGUACAGAGUCAUGAAAGGGACCCUCCUGUUCACCAGCCAACAGGUUGCUGUACAUAGAUACAAGGCCCUCUAUAGACAAACAACAUGAGGAUCCAUUUUGUGAUGACAUCAGGUAUAAACAGGGUCUUAAUCCAGGUUCAGACUUCCCUUGAUUGGUCUGUACUUCAGAACCAGCCUAAGCCUAGUCCAGCCCCAAUAUGGACCAAAUAUGUUUUAACAAAAAAAAAGAAAGAAAAGAAAACAAGAAUAUAUGUCUUCAACCUACUGUGUCACUGACCAUACUCACCUGUUUGUGCAUCAUUUUCCAUAAUAUUUUAUUUUUAUAUGAACACUGUACUCUUUAAAGAGUAUGUGGUGUAACUCACAUCCUGAGAAGAACACACUUUAAUAUACAUUAAAAAAAGUGCAUGCAUUGUGCAAACACACACACAUGAGAAUAGACAGAAGUAGCAAGGUAUAUUGUAGGUAUAUUGGGAGUAUGAGGCACACUGUUAGUUGUUGUCACCCAUACACACACACACACACAUAUGCCUCAUCUUGGGGGGACUUAUGUAAUAUAAGCAGAUGGAUGUCACAGAGAUUUGCAGUGCUUAGCUCUCCCUCAGCAAACAUCUGAAACCGGUUGUCUGUGUGGCCUGUUGCCUGGCAGACAGCAUUGUGGUGCUUUGUUCAAACAUAGGCCUAACAUUUAUAGGCCUGCUUAAACACAGAGGUAAGUGAAGGCUAUAGUCCCCAUUUCACAAAUUACUAUCAUAAAUGUGCCCUUAACGUAUUAGCAGUUCUCUAUCAAUAACAGCCAUCAUUAUAACUAUAAAAAAGUGAGUUUUCUGUAACUUUCAAUCAAGAAUCCACGCUCCGAUUUGACAGACAUCUGUAGCCCGAGGCAACAGAGGCAAAACACCCCCACACAGCUACACACAUACUUGGCAGAGCCAUGCGGGGUAAAGCGAUCAGGUCAAGGGCAUUUAGUGGGUUGUGCAAGAAUUUCCCCAGCGUGAUAUGGGUGACAGAUUUCACAAUGCAAAACCUUUACUGUAUUACUGGGAAAAAUGAGAGAAGAAUAUUUUUUUUUAAAAUAAGGAAACGAAAGAGUGUCCAAAAUAAUACAGGAUGCUUCACCCUGUGUAGUUAAUAUUCCAUGUCCUUUGGGCACUGUAAACAUCUGAUUUAAUGACUAUUAUAAUUUUGCAGGGCACAGCUACAAGGGUGUUUGGCUUAAUUGUGCAUUAACAUUCUGUAAAGGGUGUUUCCGAGUACAGUUCUGAUUUGCUCUGUAGUCGUAAGUCAAAGCCAGAGCUCCCCAUAGCUCGACUCAAGUCUGGUGGUUGAAAUAGCAACAGAGGGCUUAGACUCCAAGGAAAAUAAAGAGCUGGGCAUAAAGAUUACCAGCAAGUGUCCUUUGGAAGGUUGCCCCUCACUCUACCCACCCUUGUCUCCAGCCUCUUCUUCUCAGUUUAAAAAAAUGUCUUUCCCAUGUAGCUUUGGGGAACAGAAAGAACUGAGGAAGAAAACAAAACAUUAAAGGCUUAAUAAAUGUACAUAAAGAUAAGAGGUGAAAAGGGAUACAAACUGCUCACAGAAAUUAAGGAAGCAUUAGAAUGAUCUCACUGUGAGACAACCAUGCAAAGAAAAAACGGGUUUAGAAAGGUUAGUAACUUAUAAAUGCUACUGUGUCAGAAAGUAUGUAAAAACAAAUGCACUCUGUAUUUAAUGCACUGUUUAUUUUUUCUUACCUACUGAUAAUACCAUUGGUUGAAUAGCUCAUGCCACUGCCAUGAAAACAGUACGUUUAUGUUGUUGGUGCAAAUUUUUCCUGCUUGAUCAAAAAAAAAGUGCAUGCUUUGAUAUAUGGAGAUGAAAACAAAUAUUGUGGUACUUAAUUGAUCUCUUGUUUGUUAAUCUUUUUUUGCCAUGUGAUGCAAAGCAGUUUCAGUUUUUUUUCCAAAGCAGCAACUUAAAGUAGGAGGAGGGUAGAGAAAUAGAAAGAUAGAGAGAAGCCAUUGGGAGUUUAGAGGUUGUUUAUCCUCCGCUCUGGGGGAGCAAGGAAGAGCGAUAGAGGUGUGGAAGGAAAAGAGAGUAUAAAAGAAAACUGUAUAAACCUGGAUGAGGAUCACUGCAAAUUGACACAGACCCAAAGGACCAUCCCACUUCUGACGUUUUUGCGUGCACACACACACACACACACACACACACACACACACACACACACACACACACACACACACACACACACACACACACACACACACACACACAGCAACAUGCCAAUAAGCCAUGUGUGUUUCCAGGUUAGUGGAUGAGGCACAUUUUGCUUCCACUUGGUCAGCCCUUGCAUAUACUCCCAGCUGUCACUGACCUCUCUUUUCUCUGCUUCACCUCUCUUCCUCUGUGUGCAGUGGGAGGGCCUUUGAUGUCCAGUUCUGAGAGACUCAGGGAGUGAUAUGAGAGAGAGAGGGAGUGAUAUGAGAGAGAGAGAGAGAGAGAGAGAGAGAGAGAGAGAGAGAGAGAGGGGGGUGCAGAGGCAGUCUGAUAUCAACAAUGCACCAACGGCUCAACUACUGUCUGAUAUGAGAAAUGGCUAACAGCUGAGUUGCUUAACAAGCUCUGUUGCGGCUUCCCUUAGACAAUGCUGGCUGGAAAUCGCUAUCACACUUAAUUCUUUUUCUCUGGCUGUCACUUUAUGUGUCACAUUUUCUUUAUCCUGAGAAAAAGCACUGAUCUGAUAUACUUUGUUGGACACUGUUAAAACAGUAUACAUUGAUUGAGACAGAUGUUCAUUGCACAAACAAAUACAGUAUGAUGAUGUAAAUGUGUAAAAUACUCUGUUGCUGUUCUGAUGUUGUUCCAAUGUAACAUACAGUACACAGUAUAUUUGUUGAAAAAAAAAGAUGGUUAUCACGGACACAUUGUACUUUGUGGAUGCAAAAUGUUUCAUGCUUUCCAUGCAGAUACAGAUGCUGUUUGUUAAUUGUCUUCAGAUAUAAUUAUGGGCCAAUACUGCUGUAACAGCUGUAGCCAAUAUUGUAUGUUCUUAAAGCACAGGGUUUAAUUAAAAAAAAAUGAAUAUAAUAAAAUAUAGUGUGACAGUGCAGAUAUGCAAAAGAUUGUAAUGUUUUAUAUUAACCUUCAUAAAAUAUUAAAGUGAGUUUUUACUUUUCUAAUAAAGUGGCACAUUAUAACGUG